AUGCCGGCGGCAAAGAACGAGACAAAGGGCGAGUCGUCCAUGGCUGCGUCGAAAGCGGCUCUAGCAACAUCUUCAAACGGCAAUGUCACAUAUGAACUGCCAUGGGUGGAAAAGUACAGACCAGUCUUUCUGGAUGAUGUUGUUGGAAACACGGAAACGAUUGAACGUCUAAAGAUUAUCGCAAGAGAGGGCAACAUGCCGCACGUCAUCAUCUCGGGAAUGCCUGGUAUCGGCAAGACGACGAGUGUGUUAUGUCUGGCCCGCCAGCUGCUGGGGGACUCGUACAAAGAGGCGGUUCUGGAGCUCAACGCCAGUGAUGAGCGUGGUAUCGACGUCGUUCGCAACAGGAUAAAGGGUUUCGCACAAAAAAAGGUCACAUUGCCCGCGGGACGCCACAAGCUCAUCAUCCUCGACGAGGCCGACAGCAUGACAUCCGGCGCGCAGCAAGCGCUGCGAAGAACCAUGGAAAUCUACUCGAACACCACACGCUUUGCGUUCGCGUGCAACCAAUCGAACAAGAUCAUUGAGCCCCUACAAUCGAGAUGCGCCAUCCUACGGUACGGCAGGCUCACAGACGAGCAGGUCGUCAAGCGAUUAAUGCAAAUCAUCGCGGCAGAGAAGGUCGAGUACAGUGACGAUGGGCUGGCAGCACUCGUCUUCAGCGCCGAAGGAGAUAUGCGUCAGGCAAUCAACAAUCUGCAGUCAACAUGGGCCGGUUUCGGCUUCGUCUCGGGGGACAACGUCUUUAAAGUCGUCGACUCGCCACACCCGAUCAAAGUGCAGGCAAUGCUCAAAGCAUGCUUCGACGGAAACGUGGACUCUGCGCUGGAUACCCUGCGAGAGCUAUGGACUCUGGGGUACUCGAGCCACGACAUUAUCAGCACCAUGUUCAAGGUCACCAAGACGAUACCGACUCUCCCCGAGCACACCAAGCUAGAGUUCAUCAAGGAGAUUGGAUUCACGCACAUGAAAAUUUUAGAGGGUGUGCAGACUUUGCUGCAGCUCAGCGGUUGUGUGGCUCGGUUGUGUAAGAUUAACAUGAACUCGAAAGGCUUCACCACCACGGCGUGA